AUGUCGAAAAUACGAGAAAUCGAUGUAGAUUUGAAAAAUCAGACAGCUUGGGUGGGAACUGGUGCCAUACUAGCCGGUGUUUGCCCUAGUGUAGGCAUUGGCGGGCAUUUCAGUGGAGGGGGACAAGGAAGAAUUAUUGAUCGAAAUAUGAUGGGGGAGGAUUUUUUUUGGGCUAUUAGAGGAGGAGGAGCAGCGAGUUUCGGAGUUGUAGUCAAAUGGAAGAUCAAAUUAGUGCCAGUACCUCCAAUAGUCGCGACAUUUGCAGUCACUAGGACACAUGAAGAAGGAGCUAACAGGGCAGCUUCCAAUGCUCCAGCCAAGACAAGAGUUCUUCACAGUUUCACAAAGACAGAGAACAGUGAUAUAGAUAAAUUUAAUGGAUACAAAGACUCUUCAGUUAAAUUCCAUCCAUUUGAUGUAAUUCUUGCAAAAGAUGCUUCAUCAAAGGACUCUAGUUUUCUACAUAUAUUGGACCUCUGUCGCACCCCUAAGCACAAAAGUUGCCAAGACAAUCAAUAUGGAACCUUCAAACCUUGUGCCAUUUUCAUCCUUCACGUCUUCUUCUACUUGUCAAUAGCUUUGUUAUCAUUAUCAUCAAUUGCUGUUUCACAAACUGUUCAAGAAAACUUUUUCCAAUGCAUUAAUCAGAAUUCUGAGCUCUACGUCCCUUUCUCUUCAGCAUUUGUCUCACCUAACAAUGAUUCAUUCAGCUCUGUUCUGCAAUCCACUGCACAAAACCUUAGAUGUUUGGAGCCAUCAGUGGCCAAACCUCAACUCAUUUUCACACCACUGAUUGAAUCACAUGUCCAAGCAGCAGUUAUAUGCGCGAAAGAGGUAGGCAUUCAGAUCAGAAUGAGAAGUGGAGGCCAUGAUUAUGAAGGCCUCUCUUACAUAUCUGAUUUGGAUUCCCCUUUUAUUAUCGUUGAUCUCGGAAAGCUACGAGCCAUCAGUGUAGAUAUAGAUGAUAACAGCGCUUGGGUUCAGGCCGGUGCAACCAUUGGUGAAGUCUAUUACAGAAUUUUCCAGAAAAGCAAGACUCAUGGCUUUCCAGCUGGCCUUUGCACUAGCUUAGGGAUUGGUGGACAUAUAACUGGAGGUGCAUAUGGAACCAUGAUGAGAAAAUUCGGCCUUGGAGCUGAUAACGUGCUCGACGCUAGAAUUGUUGAUGCGCAGGGACGAAUUCUUGAUAGACAAUCCAUGGGAGAAGACCUGUUUUGGGCAAUCAGGGGAGGUGGAGGAGCUAGUUUUGGCAUAAUUCUUUCAUGGAAGAUAAAACUGGUUCCUGUUCCUUCAAUCGUGACUGUUUUUACUGUUCCAAAGACCUUGGAACAAGGUGCUACAAAAAUUCUGUAUAAAUGGCAACAAGUUGCUGAUAAACUUGAUGAAGAUCUCUUCAUCAGGGUCAUCAUACAAAAUGCGGAUGCUGCUCAGAAGGGUGAGAAAACCGUGCAGACUGCCUACAAUGCUCAAUUCCUCGGUACCGCAUCCAGACUCCUCGAGGUGAUGAAUCAAAGCUUCCCUGAAUUGGGAUUGACGCAAAAAGACUGUACAGAGAUGAGCUGGAUUCAAUCGGUUAUGUACAUUGCUGGAUACCCCAGCAACACCCCUGAAGUUCUGCUUGAGGGGAAAUCAUUGUUCAAGAACUACUUCAAAGCCAAAUCUGAUUUUGUCAGAGAGCCUAUUCCAGAAGACGGGCUUGAAGGGCUAUGGAAAAGGCUUAUGGAAGGAGAUUCACCACUGAUGAUAUGGAAUCCAUAUGGAGGAAUGAUGAGCAAGAUCUCAGAAUCUGAAAUUCCUUUCCCUCACAGAAAAGGAGUGAUAUUCAAGAUUCAGUAUGUGACACUUUGGCAAGAUGCAGAUAAGGACACUGCUGCGAAGCACAUUGAUUGGAUCAGAAAACUGUACAAUUACAUGGCUACUUAUGCUUACGUUCCAAGAGAAGCUUAUGUGAACUAUAGGGAUCUUGAUUUGGGAGUGAACAAAGAUGGCAACACAAGCUUUAUUCAGGCCAGUGUAUGGGGUUCCAAGUACUUCAAGAACAAUUUUAACAGACUAGUAAGGAUCAAGAAUAAGGUUGAUCCUGGUAACAUGUUCAGGCAUGAACAGAGCAUCCCACCUCUUGCCUUAACGGGCAAAAGAAGGGGAAAGAGAAUGAUCCAUUAAAUUUCAGUUGCUUGCAAUGUUAAAGUCUAGGAAUAAAUAUUAGAAGAUGUGUAAUUCUUUUUCAAUUUUUAUUAAGUGAUAUUAAUAUGGUUUUACUAGCUAUUCUACU